GCUGCUGCGGCCAGUGCCGCCUGUGGAUGAAACUCAGCAUGCUCUGCAGCACUGACAGAGGUCUGGGUUCCCACCAUGCUGCUGCAUCAGCCUCGUGCAUGCUAUGGUGUAUGGGCUCCGGUUUCUGCUUCUUCAAGCCUUCACCUCAGUAAACAUAAUGAUCUCAGGUCUGGAGACAGCUCCUAGUAUCUCAAGAGCUGCAGAAGCCACACAACCCACCUGGAGGAAAGCGAAGGGGAAGUAGGAGAAGAGGAAGGCUCACAUCCUGAGUGCGAGCCACUGACUUCCUGUGACUUCUGCCCUGUCAGUGCCACUUUCUCCACAGAAAUCUCUUUCCCCAGCCCCACCCAGAUCCCCACCUAUUCCAGCAGGUCUAAACUCCUGCUUGCACAAGGCCCAGUUUAAUUGUGCCUGUGAGUGAGUUGCAGUGUGCCACACAGAGGCACAGAAACAGUCCUGUGAGCCAACCAUGCCUCUGGACCGAUUUCCUGCCUGGCUGACUGCAAUGAUCUGUGGGUUCCUGCUUCUCCCACUCCAGAUCCACGGCCAGGACCCAGCCAGCCCCAUCAGAACCACACACACCGGGCAGGUGCGGGGCAGCCUCAUCCAUGUGAAGGAUAGCAAUGUGGGAGUGCACACUUUCCUGGGAAUUCCCUUUGCCAAGCCACCUGUAGGACCACUGCGGUUUGCCCCUCCUGAGCAACCUGAAUCUUGGAGUGGUGUGAGAGAUGCCACCUCCUACCCAGCCAUGUGUCUGCAAAAUUUGGAUAUGAUGAAUAUAGGGGAAAUGUCGAGCCUAACUACACUUCCCAUCCCCAUGUCUGAAGACUGCCUUUAUCUCAACAUCUAUUCUCCUGCCAGUGCCCAGGAGGGCUCUAACCUGCCUGUGAUGGUGUGGAUCCAUGGUGGUGCACUGGUUGUAGGUAUGGCUUCCGUGUAUGAUGGAUCCAUGCUGGCAGCCACUGAGCAUGUGGUGGUGGUCACUAUCCAGUACCGUCUGGGAGUCCCGGGUUUCUUCAGCACUGGAGACCAGCAUGCCACUGGCAACUGGGGCUACCUGGACCAGGUGGCCGCCCUACGCUGGGUCCAACAGAAUAUUGCCCACUUUGGAGGCAACCCCGACCAGGUCACCAUUUUUGGCGAGUCUGCAGGUGGCACAAGUGUGUCCUCACAUGUCGUGUCCCCCAUGUCCCAAGGACUCUUCCAUGGUGCCAUCAUGGAGAGUGGGGUGGCCCUGCUGCCAGACCUCAUCUCCAGCUCCUCUGAACCAGUCCGCUCAAUCGUGGCCAACCUGUCUGCCUGUGAGCAGAUGGACUCAGAGGCCCUGGUGCGCUGCCUGCGGGCCAAGAGUGAAGAGGAAAUGCUGGCUAUUACCAAGACCUUCAAGAUCAUCCCUGCAGUGGUAGAUGGGGUCUUCCUACCCAAGCACCCAACGGAGCUGCUGGCCUCUGCUGACUUCCACCCAGUCCCUAGCAUCAUUGGUGUCAACACUGAUGAGUAUGGUUGGAUCCUCCCCAUGAUCUUUGGACUUGCUGACACCAUAAAGGAAAUAAACAGAAAGACCUUGCCAGCUAUAAUGCAGAACACAGUAGGACUCAUGAACUUGCCUGCUGAGUGUGCUCACCUGCUGAUGGAAGAGUACAUGGGGGACACCGAGGACCCCCAGACCCUCCAAGCCCAGUUCCAAGACAUGAUGGGGGACUUCAUGUUCGUGAUGCCUGCACUGCAAGUAGCACAUUUUCAGCGUUCCCAUAGCCCUGUCUACUUCUAUGAGUUCCAACAUCCUUACAGCUUCAUCAAGGACCUUAAGCUCCAGAAUAUAAGGGCCGACCAUGGUGCUGAGGUUGUCUUUGUCUUCGGGUCCUCCUUUGGUGGCAGCAGCCCUGACUUUUCUGAGGAGGAGGAGCUACUGAGCAGGAAGAUGAUGAAGUACUGGGCCAACUUUGCUCGGAAUGGGAACCCCAACAGUGAGGACCUGAUACAUUGGCCCCUGUUUGACCAGAAUGAGCAGUAUCUACAGCUGGACAUCCAUCCUGCCGUGGGACAGGCCCUGAAGGCCUCCAGGCUGAAGUUCUGGACCAAGACCCUGCCCCAGAAAAUCCAGGAGCUCAAGGGGGCUGAGAAGCAUGUAGAGCUGUAGUGGUCCAUGUCAGGAUGAGUGGAUGAGUAGGAUCAGUAGGAGGUGCCCAUACAUUUACCAUGAAAUAGAAAUUGACUCAAUCAUUCAUUCACUUGGCCAUUCAUCCCCCUGUAUCCUGUCAGCCAGCCAACCAGCUGAUACUUAUGAAUAACUCCCUGCAUGAUGUUCAUGACCAACUUGCCUGAGCACUCUCUGGUUAGACACACUCAAUAAAUGCCCCCUGGCAAUGAAGCUGGAUGAGCUCCAAGUGCUCACAGUCCUCCAUACCCCAUGGGCCUGGGCUACUUUCUUUCUCGCUCAUCUCAUCUCCCCAACCUCUGUCUGCUCCAAGUCCCCAGCCUCUCUUCAAAUGAAGAAGAUGUUCUGAGCAUGUUACUCCUAGAAGUGGGUUAAAAUCCCAGAUUGACCCUUCAGCAAAUCCCAUUUUUUUCUCUAACUUCUAAGUAGCCAAAAUUAAGCCAAUUUAAUUUCUAAGUUUCUCUAAUACUCUCUCUCUCUCUCUUUCUCUUUCUCUCUCAUCCACACAAGUGUACAAGGAGUUUUGUUUUGGAUUAAUUUCCAUGCAGUUAAAUUUACCCACAUCCACUCCUAUAUCAUGUGUUAAAAUGUUUCUUUCAUGCAACGAACUCCCUUCACAUACUUUACAGUUAAUUACUUUCUUUUACUCAGCUUUUGUAAACACUUGAUUGUGUUUGUUUUAUAUUCCAGUACUAGGACUUGAACUCAGGGCUUUGUCUUCUGACUUGUUUUUUUAUUUUCCUCCUCAAUGUUGCAUCUCUAUUUCUUGAGCCAUCCUCCACUUCUGGCUUUCUGCUUGUUAAUUAGACAUAAGAAUCUCCAAAAUCUUUUCUGCCUGGACUGGCUUUGAACCUUGAUCUUCAGCCCUUAGCAUUCUGAGUUGCUAGGAUUUUAGGUAAGAACCACUACGUCCUGGCCCAAUUGUAUUUAGUUGCAAUCAAGAUUCAAUAUUGUUUGGAAAAAUAAUAACACAAUAUAGCAUAUCAUAGUAACUGAAUUGUUUGUGACUUGAAGUCAAGGCGAUUAAUACUUUAAGAAUCAAGUGUUAUUUCUUUUAUUGA